GAUUCUCAUCCUGAUGGCUCUAGCAACUUCAACGCCUCUGCUGAUGGAUCCGAGUAUUCCGAGAUUGAAAGCAACUCAUGCAGGUGAUGAACAAGGACAGAAGCAUCGACCAACCAUUUCAGAGGUUGUGGAGGAGAUCAAACUGCUGUAUUCCAUAGCCUUACCCAUCAUCGCUGCUGGAUUGCUGAUAUAUGGAAAAUCAAUGAUAUCAAUGCUGUUCAUGGGUAGAUUAGGUAAAGAAGCACUGGCUGGCGGGUCUUUGUCUAUUGGCAUAGCUAAUAUCACAGGCUAUUCUGUUCUUUCUGGUCUUGCUAUGGGUAUGGAAGCCAUAUCUUCUCAAGCUUGUGGUGCUAAGCAAUGGCCUCUUAUGGGUCAAGCUCUCCAACGUACAAUCUUGAUUCUGUUAUUUUCAUCCAUUCCCAUCUCUCUCUUGUGGCUUAAGAUGGAACCUUUACUUCUUUUCUGUGGCCAAGAUCCAACCAUUUCAUCCAUUGCUUCUACUUAUCUAUCAUUCUGUCUCCCUGAUCUUUUCUUUCAGUCCCUUAUCAAUCCUCUCAAAAUCUAUUUGCGAACUCAAAAUGUUACUUUCCCUCUUACGUUUAGCGCUGCUUUUUCCCUUGCCCUGCAUGCACCUAUCAACUAUUUCCUCAUCUAUCACCUUGGACUUGGCAUUAAAGGUGUUGCAAUGGCUGUAGCCAUAGCCGAUUUCAAUCUACUUAUUGUUCUUUUUCUUUAUGUUAGUCUUUCUGAUGUUCAUAGAAAAUCUUGGCAAGGUUGGUCCGCUGAAUGCUUUGAUGGGUGGAGGCCAAUUUUGAGUCUUGCAAUCCCAAGUUGCAUUUCUGUAUGCUUAGAGUGGUGGUGGUAUGAACUGAUGAUAUUAUUAUCAGGGGUGCUUUUUAAUGCUGCUGAAGCUGUGUCCACAAUGGGAAUUCUCUUGCAGGCAACUUCACUUGCUUAUAUAUUUCCCUCAGCAUUAAGUUUAGCUGUUUCCACAAGGGUAGGAAAUGAGUUAGGAGCCAAUCGACCUAAUAAAGCAAAGACUUCAUGUCAUGUAGCAGUUUUAUGUGCCAUAUUUACUAGCUUCAUAGCAAUGCUAUUUAUGACUACGUUACGAAAUGCUUGGGGCAAGGUUUUUACGGACGAUGAGGCGAUUUUGUCGCUAACGGCGGUGGCAAUGCCGGUGGUGGGGUUGUGUGAAUUGGGCAACUGCCCGCAGACCACCGGUUGUGGUGCUUUGAGGGGCAGUGCAAGGCCAGCUCUGGCUGUUCAUAUAAACUUGGGCUCUUUCUAUGGGGUUGGGUUGCCUCUGGCAAUUGUAUUGGGCUUUGUUAUGAAAAUGGGCUUGUUGGGCCUUUGCAUGGGCUUGUUGGCUGCUCAAGCUGUUUGUGCAUUUCUCAUGAUUUUUGUAUUGAGUAGAACGGACUGGUUGAUGCAAGCUGAGAGAGCAAGAGAGUUGAUUGGUAUGGAUAAAACUGAGGAUGAAACUAUAUUAAUUAAAACGGUAUGCUAGAAAGUAAUUGUAUUUAUCCUUUUUUCCUUGUAUACUGAUAAUAAUCGUAAGAAUCGACAGGGGUAUGUAUCUACCUUUUUUUAUAUUUAUUGAGCUUUUUUUGUUU